CGUUGCCUCAGUGUCGCGGAGGCUGCGGGCCGACCUGCCGCCCGCCCUACUGUGCCGCGCGCCGCCCUGCCAAAACAUUACUAAAUUCUACAGUGAUAAAUAUUAUUGGUACCUAAUUAUUUUAUUUGGUCAGAAAGUCGUACACGGUGUCAACAUUUUUAUUACAUGUUACUACGAAAGUAUGUUGUAAAUAUUGGGAAAUGAAAUAAGUCCAAAUAAUUUUGGUUUCAGUGGUCGCGUGAGAUGAGCCGUGACUUUAUGCAUGAAUGUUGUUAGUAUAUUUUGAAUAAAAUACCUACUUCGGUGAUCAGUAAAUUUUAUUAUCGUUUGAAUACUUACGAUUUUUCAUAGGUAGUACUACAAACACAGUGCCAAAUAGAAAAAAAGCAAAAUUAAUAUAAGAUAAAUAAAAAAAAAUAAAAAUGAAUUAUCUUUCGAUCAAAGACCGCAUUAACAUGAAGCCUUAUCGCUGUUUGCUAAUGGUGAUAGUAUUGUCUUUAUUCGGCGGUUGUGUCUGCGAGCUCUCGACGGUCAAAGAUGAGAUUAAAAGCACCACAAGCACUCAAGCCACCACGGCUUUUAGCCACAAGAAAGCAAGUGUGAAGCUAUUAGACUCUACAGUAGCACCGAGUAGUGCUACGUUAACUACAAAGGGGAAUAGAAAAACAACAAUAGUGUCAAUGGCAAGCGAGAGCCCGACCGCACGCCAUUCUGCAACUAAAGUGUAUGCGAGCACAAAAGCGGUCGUGAAAAGUGCAAGGAGGCAAAAGCUAAACAGUAGUUCUAGUGGGGUGGCGAGCCUGCUGCAUUCAGGGCUCCAAGAGCGGCUGGCGGGCCUGGAUUGCAAUCUACCGGUGCUGCCCAGCGCCUCGCGGCUCUGGCGCGGCAACGAGACUCACGAGCUCAAUCUCCCCGUCAAGGAGUGCGCGGGUGGCGGAGGUGCGGGGGCGGACGAGGACUGCGCCCCGAACAUCGUGUCGUGGGAGGGCUCCACCGACAUCCAAAGUGGAGACAUUCUCAUCGUGCGCGUCGCUGAUUCCUUACUUCUUGACACAUCCAUCCAACUCGAUAUAAAUAACUCUUCGGAAUCGAACUCUUCGCGCGACGGUAAAAGGGUUCACCACUUGGUGCAGCCUGCGGUGUACCAGGUGACACGGCAAGGACACGAGCACUGCGAUGUGUCGGACGGCAUGCUGCUCGAUAUUACGCCCUUGGACGAACAUGGCGCCAAACUGUUCACCUUGUACGAUAAGGAUCUUACUGAAGGCGUCAAUUUGUUAAUAGUGGUAUCAGAGAACUGGGGGUCUAAAUGCGUUCGCCUCAAAGUAACAGUGAAAUCGGAUAACUGCGGCGAUUACCAAGAUUGCUCCGGCAAAGGAGUUUGUUACACGAAUGUUUCAAUGGAAGGUUACGAGUGUCAAUGCUGCCCGGGCUCCAUGGGCCCGCACUGCGAGGAGCGUGACCCUUGCUAUCCGUCACCCUGUCUGAAUAAUGGCACAUGCGUCGAGCUCCCGCGGCCAGUCAACGGAGACAACUACCGCUGCCUUUGUCCAUAUGGUAAUGUAGGCAAGAAUUGCGAGAAGGACCCUUGUUCUUUGGCGCCUUGCAUGAACGGGGGUUCUUGUAUGAGCAUCUCAAUCAACGGCACAAGCUCGUUCCACUGCGCCUGCGGACAAGGCUGGGCGGGCGCUCGUUGCGAGCUAUCCAUAGCUGCCGGCGCCUGCGCAUCCAAUCCCUGUGAAAAGGGCAUCUGCAUUGAACAGCAAGAUGAAGAAAUCGAGGGAAAAGAGUACCGUUGCUUCUGUGAACCAGGAUAUACUGGGGAAAGAUGCGAGUUGGAAUAUAAUGAGUGCGAGUCGUCUCCGUGCGAGCACGGGGGCACCUGCAGCGACCGCGUGGCCGGCUUCGAGUGCGCCUGCACACGCGGCUACACUGGAAACACGUGCCAGCUCAAGGUUGACCUGUGCUCUCCGAACCCAUGCUCCGAGCGGCAGUUCUGCGUGGACCGCGGCAACAACUACGACUGCCAGUGCCCUCACGGAUACGUCGGAGAGGAGUGCCACAUUCCCUCCAGAUCGGCAUGUGACACGUCCCCGUGCGCCCACGGCGGGACUUGCUGGAGCGACAUGGACUCCUUCUACUGCUCCUGUCGUCCAGGGUACACAGGGAAAUUGUGCGAAGAGGACUUUAUCUUGGAGUCCGUGGUUGGCGGUGAGACAGGCAUGGAGGAGCGCCGGGGCGGAGGAUCCGUGCGCGAAAUGCGGCUGCCUCUGGGCCUCUACCACGAUCGCCUGCACAACGUGUACAUAGCGGCCGGCACGCUCGGUGCCGCUAUUGCGAUCGUCGGUGUCGUGGUGACGGCAUGCCACUGCAGAGUCAACAAGACCUACUCUCGGCUUUUGUCGCGGCUGUCCCGCGUGACCGAGGCCGGCCCUCCUCAUCACUGGCUGCAAGACAAACGCGCUCCCCCCUCCACAGCACCCUUCCCACUCCCUUCUGCCACCCUCGAUACCACUGACAUGUACUAUACUCUUGACUUCAGCGAUAGUCAGAGUUCCCCGCUCAUUCAAUAGCAAUCACUGUUGGACGGUUGCUCCGAAGGGGAACGGUUCAAAAUACAAAUCUAAUCUCGUGAUCAGCUAAAUGUCAAAGCUCAAAUCUUUGGCUUUCAAAUGGCGAAGAAAAGACAAACCAUAUCCUAUCCAACAGGUCCUUUAAUAACAACAUGGAGAAUGCGAGAAGUUAAAACCUUAGACGAUACGAUAGUGUCAAAAUCAUAUGAUAUGUUAGUUGCUCGUAAAAAUGUAUUUGUGGUGGAAAUUCUAUGAGAAAGUAAUAGCCAUAAAAAAAAUCUUUUCUUUAAUUGGUACUAUUUUUGUCAUGACUAUUGAUUUGCCCAGGGUGGUUCUCAGAGCGCUUCGACCGCUGGGCUGUGGCCGCGCUGUCAUUACGAUCCGUCAAUUUUAUUGAGGAAGACAUCAUUUCCAAAACCAAUCAUUCAUAAAAUUUACAUUACCACAGUACAGAUUAAUUAGUUUAAAGUCAGACAGUAAAACUAAUUUUUAUCUUUGUUAAAAUUUGAAAAAUAUUUAUGACAGCGCGGCCGCAACGCUCUGAGAAAUACCUAUAUUGGUAGGUAGAUAUGUUGUAUGAUAUGUUGUUUACUAUAGUCAAAAGUAAUCAAUAUAUGGCGAAAUUAUCAACGUUGCCGAGUGCUCCAAUUAGGUUGAAUCGUACUAGUAUAAUAAUAUAUUAAAACGUUUUAAAAUCAAUAUCCUUUCAUUAUAUUGGACACAAGCAACAGUGACUGAAUAAUAACCGUAAUAAGUGUUUAAGUGCAGAUGUUGGCGGCUGCUUUGAAUUGUUAAAUUUUAUAGCUAGAUAGGUAAUAAAUGAGAACGAGCCAGUUUCGAGUUUGGUUUAGAUGUUAAUAAUGUAAAUCCUAGAUCUUAACUAUUAACGUCGUCGUAGAUUCCUCUAACAUUAUUUAAUUAAACCAAAUAUAUUACCACUGUCUAAUUAAACGUGACAGUUUUAGAAAACCCAUAGAGAUUAAAACAAAGUAUAUUCCUUUUUAUUUUACUUAUUUAUUUAUUAAACUUAUACAUUUUACAUUACUUAAAUGUAAAAAUUAUAAAACCUACGUUGAAUACGUAGGUAGUUAAUUUUAUACAAUUUUAAAUCAAAUUUAUUGGGUUUAUUUUGUGUUAUCACAAAUGAUCGUACCGUACUUAUUAGACAAUUUCCUUACAGACGAUAUCGGCUGCAGAUAAAUGUAAUUUAGGAUCUCAAAGAUCCAUGUGCAUUUUUAUAGUGUUCAAAAGAGCUAAAAGUUUCGCAUAAGGAUACUUAUACUCUGGAUAUCGUUAGUAAUGCAUACUGCAUUGCGUGCAAAGUGAAAUAUUUAUAUUUUUUAAAUUAUAUUCUUGUCAUCUUUAUCAAGUACCUAUUAUUUUUAUUUCUCUCUCUCUCUUUCUCUCUCGGAAUGAUCUUUGUAAUGUAAACUAUUUAGAAAUAUGUGAUCUAUUAUUCUAUUUCUAUAGAUAUGUGAGUAGGAAGUAUUUUUGUCUAAACAUUUAAAUUGUAAUCAAAUAUAUACUUACUUACUGUACUUAUUCAAAGCACUUUUUCUGCUUAUGAGCUGCUGCUACCUUGGUAUCUGAUGUCCUCAUUUCAAAUAGGUACUUACAUUAUGUGUUUAAUUAUUUUGAAAUUUAUAAUUUGGUUACUUAUUUAUUUACGAGACUUACAGAAACAUUUAGGCUUGGGCCUAGUGUGGGAGUCACAGAUUCAUGUCCAAAUACUAAACACAGUAAGUACUUGUUUCUGUUAAAUGAAAAUUAAUAUGAUUAUUUGAAAGGAGGUCGCCACAAGGCUCAAGGUGGACUGAAAGCUUUGGUGUUCUAUCUUAAUAGUGCUUCUGGGUGUGUAAAUAUGUGAAAAUCAUUGUUGAAUAAGUUUUAAAUUAAAUUUAACUAAGAGUUGAA